AUGCGGCUGCGCUUCACGUCUGCGGCGGCGGCCGUCCUCCUCUCCGCCCUUCCCGCUUCCUUCGCGCUUCCGACACUCUCGCCUCCCUCCCAGCUUCUCUUGCGACCGUCCGCUCCUCCGAUCCCGAUUGUCAUCUGGCACGGACUGGGCGACCGCUUCGACGCACCUGGCCUGCAGUCGUUGAAGGCGGACCUCGAGGCGACCGAGGGACUCGAAGGCGUCUUCGUACACAUCGUGGAGGUGGGAGCAGAUGGGCCGGCUGAUCAGAAAGCGACUUUCUUCGGCUCAGCCAACGCUCAUGUCGCCCAAAUCUGCGCCCAACUCGCCUCUCUCCCCGAAAUCACCGAUCCCGCUUUGAACCCCUCGCGCAUGUUUGACGCGCUCGGCUUCUCGCAAGGAGGUCAGCUCUUGCGCGCGGUGAUUGAGCGGUGUGAUGGAGAAGGACUGGGAGGUGUCAAGGCGAGGAAUCUGGUGACUGUCGGAAGUCAGCAUAUGGGCAUCUCCGCCCUUCCUCCUUGUUCACCCGGCUCCUCCCCCUUCUCUCCCUGCCGUCUCAUGCACCUCUCACUCGUCCGCUCCUCCAUCUACUCGCCCUGGGCACAACAAAACAUCAUUCCCGCGCAGUACUUCCGCGAUCCAGCGCGGAUUAAUGAGUACCUCGCCGCGAACGAGUUCUUGAAGGAUAUCGACAACGAGCGGGAGGGCGAUAGGCAGGUUGAGCAGGGAGAGAGGGUCGGUGGUGUCGAGGUUGAGCCGCGGAAUCAGACCUACAAGGAGAACCUGAUUAGCUUGAACCGCUUCGUCAUGUUCCGCUUUAGUCUCGAACAAACUGUCGUCCCGCCUCAUUCAUCACACUUCACCGUCCCUUCCCCCUCCGCCUCCAACUGCCCGCGCCCGCCUCUCCCUCCCGACCCCUCCUGCUACCCCACUCCGCUUCCCUACUCCGACCUCCCGCUCUACGCCGAAGACUACAUCGGGUUGCGCAAGCUCGACAAGCGCGGUGCGGUCGUGCUGGAUGUCUGCGAGGGGCCGCACAUGGACAUUGACGAGGAGUGCUGGCGGAAAAUCUCGAGGUGGUUCGGCGAGCGAGGUUGGAAGGGAGAGGAGGGCGCAGGGCUUGCGUAA